AUGACGAUUCUACGUCUACUAAAUGUGUCCUCAACACUAAAAACUAGAGCAGUGGGGUCAGUUUUGGCCACCCAAAGCAACAAAUAUGAAUAUAUAAGCCAGCGGUCAGCCACGUCUGAUUCCAAAAAGCCAAUCAAAGCACACCUUAUUCUAAAGAAUGGAAAGAAAAUGACAGGAAUAUCAUUUGGUAAACCUGUUUCUUGUGCUGGGGAAAUUGUAUUCAACACUGGGCUUGUUGGUUACCCAGAAGCACUGACAGAUCCAAGCUACAAAGGUCAGAUGUUAGCUUUGACGUAUCCGAUCAUUGGGAAUUAUGGGGUACCUUGCACCAAAGAAAAAGAUGAAUAUGGGCUGCUAAAAAAUGUGGAGUCAGAAAAAAUUCAGGUAUCAGGAUUAUUGGUUCAAGAUUAUUGUCACAAGCCAAGCCAUUGGAAUUCUGUGAAAACCCUGUCAGAGUGGCUAAAUGAGGAUGGGGUUCCAGCCCUCUAUGGUAUUGACACCAGAAUGAUCACAAAAAUUGUCCGAGAUGAAGGCAACGUGCUUGGGAAAAUCGAGUUUGAUGAUUCUCCAAUUGAUUUCCAAGAUCCUAAUCUGAGAAACCUUAUUAAAGAAGUCUCCAGAACUGAUAUUCAGUACUAUGGGAAAGGAAACUCAGUUAAAAUUCUUGCAGUGGAUUGUGGGAUCAAACAGAACAUGAUCAGACAUCUUGUUGCGCAUGGUGCUGAGGUCAAGGUUGUACCGUGGGAUUAUGACUUUUCUGAGGAGCCCUAUGAUGGACUGUUUAUAUCGAAUGGGCCUGGCGACCCAGCUUUAGCAGUAGACAUAAUCUCCAAUCUCCGCAAAGUGAUACAAAACAGAGAUGAGCCUGUGUUUGGUAUCUGCAUGGGGAACCAGUUGGUAGCUCUCUCAGCCGGAGCCUCAUGCUACAAGCUUCCUCUGGGAAACAGAGGUCACAACCAGCCAGUGGUGAACAUGCUAAGUGGGGAGGCUUUCAUCACCUCACAGAACCACGGCUACGCUGUCGACAGCAACACUUUACCUCCAGACUGGCAGGUUCUCUUUGUCAAUGCUAAUGACAAGUCUAAUGAGGGAAUCAUGCACAAGACCAAGCCGAUCUUCACUGCCCAGUUCCACCCCGAAGCCUGGGGUGGGCCCACAGAUACACAGUUCCUCUUUGACUACUUCAUGGAACUGAUCAAACAAAAGAAGACUUCCCUCCAUCAGAUCAUUCAACCCAAGAAACAUACUAACAAAAUGGCUGAUGUAUCCAAAGUGCUUGUUCUGGGCAGCGGUGGCUUGUCCAUCGGGCAGGCUGGGGAGUUUGACUACAGCGGAUCUCAAGCUAUCAAAGCUCUAAAGGAGGAGAAUAUCAAAGUGAUCUUGAUGAACCCGAACAUUGCCUCAGUACAGACAAAUGCUGAAGGAGAGAAGCAGGCGGAUACUGUCUACUUCCUGCCGAUCCAGCCAGAUUUUAUCAAGCAGGUCAUUGAGAAGGAGCGACCAGAUGGAAUCUUACUGUCUAUGGGUGGCCAGAUUGCCCUUAAUUGUGGUCUAGAGCUGGAGAAACAGGGAGUUUUCAAAGACUACAGCAUUCAAGUGUUGGGAACUCAGAUCCCAAGUAUCGAAGCCACAGAGGAUAGGCAGAUAUUUGCAGACAGGUUGAAGGAAAUCGAUGAGAAGCUGGCACCAAGCUUUGCCGUUCACACAACUGAAGAUGCAGCUGAGGCAGCAACAAGAAUCGGCUAUCCUGUCAUGUUGCGUGCUGCAUUUGCUCUGGGAGGACUGGGGUCUGGUGUCGCCAACAAUGAAAAGGAACUGCGUCAGAUUGCUAACAAGGCAUUUGCCAUGACCACUCAGCUUUUGGUGGAGCAGUCACUUCUUGGGUGGAAGGAAGUGGAGUAUGAGGUUGUCAGAGAUGCGUUUGAUAACUGUAUUACGGUGUGCAACAUGGAGAACCUAGAUCCUCUAGGCAUUCAUACAGGUGAUUCUAUUGUUGUGGCACCAAGUCAGACGCUGUCCAACAGAGAGUACCACAUGCUGAGAGAAACUGCACUCAAAGUUGUUCGCCACUUUGGAAUUGUGGGAGAAUGCAACAUUCAGUAUGCUCUUCAUCCAGAAUCCUUAGAAUACUGCAUCAUUGAAAUUAAUGCCAGAUUGUCCAGAAGUUCUGCUUUGGCUUCUAAAGCCACAGGAUAUCCUUUAGCAUUUGUAGCUGCCAAACUGGCCCUGGGUAAGGAUCUGCCAGGAUUAGUCAAUUCGACAACCCAAAUGACCAGUGCCUGUUUUGAGCCCAGUUUGGACUACAUUGUCACCAAAAUUCCCCGAUGGGACUUGGACAGAUUUCAGUACACCAGCAGAGAUAUCGGCAGUUCAAUGAAAAGUGUUGGAGAGGUAAUGGCUAUAGGUCGAACAUUUGAAGAGAGCCUACAGAAAGCGUUAAGGAUGACACAUCCAUCAGUUGCAGGAUUCUCUGCGACCCUGCCAGCAGGCAAAGACUACCCAGAUACUUUUAACAUUGAUGACAAUCUGAGAGUUCCCAACAACAUUCGAAUCCACACCAUUGCCAAGGCAUUCCAUGCUGGCUACACCGUGGAUGAUGUGUACAAGUUGACCAAAAUUGAUAAAUGGUUCUUGUAUAAACUGAAACACUUGUGUCAGGUGGAAAAUCUGCUCAAGCAAACUCCCAGAGAUAAUAAUUCAGAGGCUUUAAAAAUGGCCAAAGAGAAAGGAUUUUCUGACCGACAAAUUGCCAAAAUGUGGAACCUUUCUGAAAUGGACAUUCGCAAAAGGAGACAUGAACUGGACAUUCGACCCUGGGUCAAACAGAUUGAUACGAUGGCGGCAGAAUAUCCAGCACGGACCAACUACCUUUACUACACAUACAAUGGCUUGGAACAUGAUAUAGAUUUUAACAGCCAUGGGGUUAUGGUUCUUGGAUGUGGACCAUAUCACAUCGGCAGCUCUGUAGAGUUUGACUGGUGUGCUGUGUCAUGUAUAAGAGCUUUGCGGCAGAUGGGCCAUCAAACAGUUGUUGUCAAUCACAACCCAGAAACAGUCAGCACAGAUUUUGACGAGUGUGAUCGCUUGUAUUUUGAAGAGCUCUCCCUGGAAAGAGUGCUGGAUAUUUACGAGAAUGAGCAAUGCAAAGGUGCCAUCGUAUCAGUUGGAGGUCAGAUCCCCAACAACCUUGCCCUUCCUCUGUAUAAAAAUGGUGUCAAGGUCUUAGGAACCAGCCCCAAUAUGAUUGACAAUGCAGAAAAUCGGAGUGUGUUCUCCGCAAUUUGCGAUGAUUUAAAAAUCAAACAGCCAGAAUGGAGAGCAGUUUCAUCGAUGGAAGAAGCCAUUGAUUUUGCAGCUUCUGUUGGCUAUCCUUGUUUAUUGCGGCCAUCUUACAUCCUUUCAGGGUCUGCCAUGAAUGUAGCCUACUCACCAAAAGAACUGCACACGUAUCUGCGUGAGGCCACUCAAGUGUCCAGUGACUACCCUGUGGUCAUCACCAGAUUCUACACUGGAUACCGUGAGGUGGAGAUGGACGCAGUUGCUAAUGAGGGCAAGGUGAUCUGUCAUGCCAUCUGUGAACAUGUAGAGAAUGCAGGUGUGCACAGUGGAGAUGCUACCUUGAUGAUGCCUGCUCAGACUUUGCAAGAGGAGGCUAUUCACAUAGUAAAAGAUGUGACAGCCAGAAUAGCCAGCAGAUUUGCAAUCACUGGACCAUUCAAUAUACAGUUCCUGGCCAGGGACUCGGAUGUCAAGGUUAUUGAGUUGAAUCUCAGAGCUUCCAGAUCCUGCCCAUUUGUUUCCAAAACAAUUGGAACAGAUUUCAUUGCCCUAGCAACCAAAGUGAUGAUGAAUGAAAAAGUUGAGAAUGAACAGGAUCUGCCAACUUUAGACAAUCCUCAUGAUCCAACAAGUUAUGUUGGAAUUAAGGCACCCAUGUUCUCAUGGCCACGACUAAAAGAUGCUGAUCCUUUAUUAAAGUGUGAGAUGGCUUCAACAGGAGAGGUUGCCUGCUUUGGCCGCACAAAAUACACAGCUUUUCUAAAGGCUAUGAUGUCUGCUGGAUUCCGUCUGCCACCAAAAGGAGGCAACAUCCUGGUUGGAGCUCAGAAGAGUUACUAUCCUUUCUUUCUUCCAUUUGCCAAACAGCUUAGCCAAAAAGGCUUUCAGAUUUUCGCUACAGAGCGGACAGCAGAAUAUUUAAUUCAACAUUACAUUCAUGCCACCCCAGUCAGCUGGACAGCUCAGGAUGAGGGACAGUUGCCUUCUCCAAUCAAGCUUAUCCAAGAAAAGAAAAUUGACUUAGUCAUCAAUUUGCCGAACCAGAAGACACAGUACAUUCAUGACAACUACUUGAUCAGACGGGCGGCUGUUGAUGCAGGCAUACCACUAAUCACCAACUUUGAGGUGGCAAAACUGUUUGUGGAAGCUCUUGAUUACCAGAAAGACUUGCAAGCCUUGAGUUUGUUGGACUAUCGUAAAACACCCAGAGAAAAGCGACCCAAGAUUGAAUCAGCAGUAUAA